GCAAAGAUGAAGCGUAAAUGAAGUUCCUAGACCUCGGCAGAUUUUCUUGAUUUCCAAAUCUCGAAAAAAGUUGGUUGAGACUCGCAAUGAUGCGGCGCCAUGCUAGAAUAGGCAUGCAUACCGCGACAUCCUCAAAGAAAACAUCCCACGUAGCUUCUUCCAGUGGAUGGUACCGAGGCUUCCCCAGAAGAGACGAUCGACGGUGCAACCCUCGAUCACUAUAGUUGCACUAUUACCAUUCAGUAUAUCUCUGACAUUGGCGUCCCAAUCACCAAGUGAGAGAGUGCACACCCAACGUUGGGACGGACUGCUACUACAUGACGUGUCUACCCUCCUUCCUCCUCUGCGGAAUGGGCGAGAUCAAGUAAAUAAGGUGGGUAGCAUUAUGAUCAAUCUGAAGAAGAAAGAGUACAACUCGACCAGCGGAACGAGCCCGACCUCGGGCCCGGGUCGCCCACCGCCCGAACAGACGCCCUGCCUUGUGUCGUAAGAUUCUCGGUGGGCGACCGAAAGGUGCCUUGUCCUUUCUUCCUCUCCUACUCCGUACACCCUGUCAAAGGAUUGUUUUGACAACUACGUUUUAAAGGUCUUGACUGCCGAAGGGGGUCGACAGGCCUCUUUCUUCAUGCGGAAUCAAGCCAAGCAGCAAGCUGGACCAGGGGCAGCGUGCCGAGUCAACCGAACGCAUGGGAGACGCUGAAGAAGGCCCUGUUCCUCUUGUCGCCUGGUAGGGCAUAAGGAUGUGGAGAGGGUUUCUAUGGAUAGCAACAAGACAGCAAGAGUCUUGCCUGAUUGCCAGUGCAGAGAAGGAAAAUGUUCCGUGGCCGGUUACCGAACGGAGAUCGUGCAAAGCCCUCAACUCCCCCUCCCCUUUUCUAUGGUCUCCCUGAAUGCCCGUACUUGACGGCGUGUCGGUGUUAGAGAUGGCUGGAUUGGGGUUGAGGAGGCCUGCAGAGGCGACCAGUCUGCUCAGGAAAACCUGAAAACCGGUGCAAGCAAGUGUGCGAUCGCCGGGGGGGUAACGGAGUACAGACGGUUAUGGGUUGCGACGCGGGGAUCAUGCAAGUUUCCGAGUUCGAGGUUGGAGUUGUGAGGGCGAGUUUGACAGGUGACGCCGUGACGGGGGUGUUCCGACGUCAGGUCGGGCAGCGGUGGGUUGAUGCGAAAGAGGAGACGAGGAGGAUCUUUCUCUCUCCUCUUCUCUCUCUCUCUCGUCCCCCAGGGAUUAACAACAUUAGUCCGGUUUCUCGUGACUCUUUUAGGGAAUGAGAGACAAUACCCUGAUUACCUUUUUGAGAACGGAUAUGUUCGAUAGGCUCUUUUGCGUUGCAGCGUCGGAUUUGAAUGUGACGCCAGUAGUUAGUCUAGUUGGGACUCCCCACUUUGCCCUUCUGUGCUUAGACAAUGGGGGCCACCCCCGAUCGAACUGCCUGUUGUCCAGAGACUUUCAUAUCCGUAGACCGAGAGACUGAGAGCCUCAGAGAGACAAAAGGGCUGAUGGAACUUUGAAAGAGACAUUGGCGGGACGUGAGGGAUGAACCUGGAGAGGGGGUGGUUUGGCGGCCGGAAGGGCGGGAGAAAAGGUGGGACGAAGGAAGAGUUGAGGGUUUCAUUGGUCUGAAGAAGACCAACUCAAACAGUUCACGUCUGAAACG